GAUAAAGAAUUAUUUACGCUUUGUUAAUCAUUUGUUACGUAACAUCAAGCAGUCGGGAUGAAUUCAAUUGCUUUAUUUUUGUCAGUGGUAGCUUGUGAUUGUGUGAAGAGUUUAGUUUUAGAACAACAAACGGAUCCUGAUGUUCUGCAGUUGCUUGUUAAACUGGAAGCAAAAGUUUCAACGCUAGAGGACAAGAUAAGAGUAUUGGAGGAAUCAGGGCUUGCAACUAAAAAAGAACCGAAUCCGGCAUUUAUGGUAACACUGACGCACAGGGUUGAAACUUGCGCCACCGAUCAACCACUGAUUUUUGACAAUGUACGGCUCAACAUAGGAUCUGGCUACGACAAAAGACAUGGACUGUUUAGAGCACCAAGGAAUGGAACUUAUCAAUUCAGUGCAACCUUAACUGCUACACCGAAUACCCAGUACCAUGUCGCAUUUGUUAAAAACAUGGCAUCAAAUCACGUGGGCUAUCUGUAUGCGGACAAUAUCAGUCUAUGGUUAGAAAGAAGUACGUCGCUAGUAAUGCAUCUAGAUGCGGAGUUUGAUUUUGGUUGUCAU